AUGACUCAAAAUCCUUCCCGGGUCACCACUGAGCUGACUUUGAUGCAUCCUCGUGAUUGGGUCCAACAUCAUGGUGGCUAUUGGCAACAGGCUGGACUCAGCUACAUCCCAUACUCCCAGAUCUCUGCAAAAGCAGUGAGAGACGCACGGAAAACAGAAUUCAAAGCAAAUGCCAAGAAGACUUCUGGCAGCAGCAUAAAAGUUGUGAAAGUGAAUAAGGAAUAAUCUACCCUGAGCAAAGUUUGAAAUGCUA